AUGCCGAACCUGAAGAUUUUCGCUAGGAGAAAGAGUGGAAAUCCCCUUGAAGAUCUCUCUCCCGACACACAACCGUCUGGAACGAGUAGCUUUCGAGUCCUUGAACGACCUACCAGAGCAGCGGCACACGUCUACGAUGGCACUCCGCAGAAGCCUGUGAGCAGUGGAAAGUCUUUCCAGUCACCGCUGCAACAGCUUCGUGGCAAGAGCGCCGACGACUUGCGGACAGGCUUAAACAGGUUGGUGGAUGGACGUCAACUGCUCGCUGCGAACGAGGCGCUAAAGCGCGACAGGGGAAGUGCCGGCACCACCAACUCGGGUUCUAGUGGGUACUACGAAUCAUCUUCAGCAUCGGCCAGACAUAGCUCUUCAUCAACACUGCCUUCCUCCGUCGACCAGGAGCGCGAACGGGAAAGAGACAACGAGGAACUGUACCAACGCAAGCCUGCGUCGACACAAAUGAAGCAGCUAGUCAGCGCGGACGCUGAUCAGCCGCUUCCACCCCCGCCGUCCUUCAAAUCGCGUGCCGGCCGAGCGUUCUCUUUUGGUCAGAAGCAGAACAGGAAUCCAGCAGUACCGCAGGACGCGCCACUACCACCUCAACCAUACAAUGUCUACGAGCCCAGCAAUGGCCUUCGAAGCGGGCCAGCUUCUCCUUCGAGUCUGAACAGAGAUCGAGCGAUGACGUCCAGUAGCUAUGCUAGCACUGCCAAGCCACCUCCGGCAAGCCAAGAUCAAGACUUCAGCCUGGGAAGUUCCAACUUUGGCGAUGAUUUUGGUAACAUGUUCGCGGGGAUUGGCAAGCCGGCCGCUGGUAGUAGGGAGGAGCUGGCGCUGCCUCCAGCUCCAGGUGGCUUCCACCGAACGGCAAGUGCAGCACAUGCACUGUUCCAUCUUGGAGACCACGCUAAUAUAAAGCAGGAGUCCGAGCCUAUGUUCCCGCCUCGAGCGCUUUCCCGGCAGGCACUCACACCUUCUCCUGGCCCACGAAACGCGCGAGAGAAUGGUAACACGUUCUACUCGCAGAACGAUCGCAAUUCUCAGGAAGGGCUGAUGUCCAGCUCUGCUCUGAGCUCACCACGAUUAAUAGAUGAAGGGCCGUCAUCACCUGCACACAACAGUGGCAUCGCACCAGCGUUCAUGGGCCGUGGCAAGCCAGGAUAUUCACUAGUGACUGGGCGUGGCUCGCCAGCAUUGGAGCGGACAUCGUCCGACAGCUUGACCAGCUACAUUUCAGAGCCAGAGAAGGACAAAACUCGAGGCUACAGUAAAGUCCAAGGACGAGCGUACGAUGAUGGCCCAAAUAGAGGUGUGCAGCUUCAUGACACACUACCGAACAGGCCAGUGCCGCCUGCGCAUAAGAAUCCGAUGCAAACGGCAUCGACGCUACACGCCACUCCGCAAGCGACAGCCGGUGCUAGUAGACUGGGCGCCAUUAGUCCUACCAGUGAUGGAGGCAGUUCGCUUUUCGCUGAAUCUAGCAAUGCCACACCGAAAGCCACAAAGCUGGUGAUACACGACCUAUACGAAGGAGGAGCACUCUUCGAUUCUUCACCACAAGGUCCACCGAGUCGUGCGAUCAGACCUAGACAUCAGCGGACAGAAAGUGGAACACCGAGGAAGAUGACAAAAGCGCAGUUCGAGGCACUUCAAAGGAGUGGACCAAACAGCCUGGAAGCCAGUGAGGAUGAAAAGCAUGAAGAAGAGGACGAGGAUGAUGAAGACGAGUCGGAGCGGAAUGAACAAAUCAGACGGCAGAGAAAGAAGCAGCAGGCGAAUAUGGCGGUAUACCGGCAGCAGAUGAAGAAAGUCACUGGUGGUGGACCCUCUGACCUUGCGCCAGUCCGCCCUUCGAUGGACCGUGGUACCAAUAGUGCGCCACCUGCUGCUGGUGGUAUGUUCCAUCUGGGUGGCAUGGGAGGUACGCCUCCAUCAGCAUCCGUUCGGGGCAAGCCAAGCGACGAUGAAGACGAUGAGGUACCGCUCGGCAUCCUCCAAGCACAUGGCUUUCCUGGUACUGGCAGACCUCCUACCAGCAUGGGCGAGAACGAUCAGCGCCGUAUGUCCUCGGCUGGCUCGGUCGUGAAUGGCGGAGCUGGACAAGGCAACCUGCCACCUUUCGCAAGACGACUGCCAGCCGAUCCUUAUUUCGGAUCCAGCUUGGUCAAUCAAUCGAACCGUGAAUCGCUGGCUUUCAGCUCUGCACAAUCAAACUAUGGUGGCACACAGCAAAUGCAGCCUGGAGCGGGUAAUGUUGGUGGACUCGUCGGUGUGAUUGCGAGUGAAGAACGUGCCAAGGCUUCCAGAAGGGGUAGCCCAAACCCUGCCACUGGCCAGUACGGAAUGCCGGUACCAGGCCAGAUGCCGCAGAUGCCUCGUACUAUGAGCAUGGGCAGCAUGGUCAAUCCACAGGUAUAUACGCCAAGUGGCUACGCACCCGGCAUGCCGCCUAUGCCAAUGAUGCCAGGUAUGAUGCCCGGUAUGAUGCAAGGACAGGACCCCAACCAAGCGGCGCAGAUGCAGAACUUCAUGGCAAUGCAAAUGCAGCUUAUGCAGAAUGUUCUUGCGAUGCAGCAGCAGCACAUGGGUCAGACACCACAAGGCCAAGCUCCAGCACAGGACUACCUUGGAGUGCCGCUAGCUUCUGAGAGACCAAUGUCGAUGGCAAGCCAUACACCGAGCUAUCAGCCGACUAGUCUGGCAAAUACAGGCCGAGCGAAUACCAUGAUGGGUCCACCUCCAAGCUGGAACUAUCAACAAAAUGGUCUGCGUCCGGGAAGCGCGAUGCCGCCCAGCACUUACGCACCGUCAGGAUAUAAUGUUGGCGGGCUGGGCCCAGGCUACACACCAUCGAUUGCGCCAAGUGAGCGUAGCAAUGUUGGUAUGCCGAGCCGCUACAGGCCAGUCAACACUGCCGUGGAUCCUGCCACCGGACGUUCUAAUAGCAUGACUUCGUCCAUGACUUUGCAGGCCUUCACGAACCAGCAGCAGCGACCAGAGAGUCGUCAAGGACAGCUGAAAUCUACUAUCAGGAUCAUUGACAAGCCGAAGGGCUCACCUAAAGUCAACACUCAGGCUGGCAAUGGAGAUGAAGAGGAGGAUGAUGGAUGGGCGGAUAUGGCGAAGAAGCGCAAGGAGAAGAAGUUCAGCUGGCGAAGGAAGGAUAACACGACCAGCGAGCCCACGGUCAGCGAUUUGUACGAAGGGCUGAACUGA